AUGUUUUAUUCAGCAGGAUUGUCAUUCACUUUAGCAAGGAACCCAUAUUUUCAAGCAGCCUUCACUUUUGCUGCAGAUAAUAAUAUUGGAGGUUAUAUGUCACCAAGUUAUAACUCCUUGCGAACCACUCUUUUGCAUAAAGAGAAGGAAAAUAUUGAUAAGUUGUGUGCACCUAUUCGAGCUGGGUGGAAAGACAAGGGAGUUAGUAUUGUGAGUGAUGGAUGGAGUGAUUCACAAAGGAGGCCACUUAUUAAUUUCAUGGCAGUAUCUGAUGCUGUGAAAAAUAUUUGUGCUGCAAAAAAUGUGGAGAAUAAUCAAAUAGCAUAUGAGGAAUGUAGUUGGAUUUCUGAUAUUGUUGGAAAUGUUUCUUCAAUAAAGAACUUCAUAAUGAAUCAUUCUAUGAGACUGUCAAUGUUUAAUGAGUUUGUGGGAAUGAAGUUGCUUUCUAUAGCUGAAACCCGCUUUGCUUCCAUGAUUGUGAUGCUAAAGAGGUUCAAAUUGAUAAAAUGUGGUCUCCAAAAUAUGAUGAUUGUAAAAGUGAAGAAAGCUAUAUACUUUCAUGAAUUGAAAAGGAUGGAUGAGACCUCAACUUUUUAUGAGGUGGUGCAUGGCAUUCUUGUGGAUCGUUGGACCAAACAUUCAACUCCACUUCAUUCUUUGGCACAUGCUUUGAAUCCCAAAUACUAUAGUGAACAAUGGCUUAAUGAAUAUCUUAGUCGAGUUCCUCCACACAAGGAUUUAGAGAUUAAUCAAGAAAGACAAAAACGCUUAAAGAGAUACUUUCCUAACUUGGAGGACCGAAAUAAAAUAAAUUCGGAGUAUGUGGACUUUGCUAGUAUGAGUGGAGGUUUUAGAGAUUAUGAUGCCAUGCAAAAUCGAUAUUCUAUGAAGCCCAAAGCUUGGUGGGUGCUUCAUGGUGCUUGUUCACCUAUGCUUCAAAAGAUAGCAUUGCAACUUGUUGCACAACCUUCUUCUUCAUCCUGUGCUGAACACAAUUGGAGUACUUAUUCUUUUGUGUAUUCUGUAAGAAGGAAUAAAAUGACUCUAAAACGUGCUGAAGACUUGGUUUAUAUACAUAGCAACCUUAGGCUCUUAUCAAGAAAGACUUCACAAUAUACACAAGGGGAUAAUAGAAUGUGGGACAUUGCUGGAGAUACAUUUGAUACAUUUGAAGAUGUUGGAAUUCUUGAAGUUGCUACUCUUUCACUUGAUGAGCCAGAGAUGGAGUCAAAUGUUAUUCUAGAUGAAAAUGUUCCAUGA